AUUGCUAUGGACCUGUUGCUGCUAAGUGCCUGCCAUUUCCUUAUUUUUGAAUAGGAGUAUCUAUUGAGAUUUUCCUUUCUCUGAUUCAUCAUAAGUUGUCUUUGUUUAAAGAUCAUCAGAUCCAGAGGAGCAUCACUUGAGAAACUUUAUUCAUACCUGAAUCUGAUUUAGAUGAAGUUACAGACAUCAAGCUCAAUCCUAUUACAGUAAUGGGAAUCCAGCCACCAUGUUUAGAAGUCCAACUACCCUGAGACCACCACACUGUGAGAAACCCAACAAAGCGUCAUGGAGAGACCAUGUAGAGAAGAACCAAGGAUCCUGGCCAACAUUCCAGCUGAGCUCCCAUUGGCUUACAUGUUUUCUACUUAUAAAGGACAAUGACUACUGAUGAAAGUGCCAAGAACAAUGGACAAAGCCUAGCAGCAGCUGUUGCUGAGAAGGGCGAGGAUCUUACCCCUAAAAAAGAUAGAGGAGUGUUAAAGAUUGUCAAAAGAGUGGGGAAUAGUGAGGAAGCACCAAUGAUUGGAGAUAGAGUUUAUGUCCAUUACAACGGAAAAUUUGCAAAUGGAAAGAAAUUUGAUUCCAGUCGUGAUAGAAAUGAACCAUUUGUCUUUCAUCUUGGCAGAGGCCAAGUUAUCAAGGCAUGGGACAUUGGGGUGGCCUCCAUGAAGAAAGGAGAGAUGUGUCAUUUACUGUGCAGACCAGAAUAUGCAUAUGGCUCAGCUGGCAGUGUCCCCAAAAUUCCCUCGAAUGCAACUCUCUUUUUUGAGAUUGAGCUUCUUGAUUUCAAAGGAGAGGAUUUAUCUGAAGAUGGAGGAAUUAUCCGAAGAAUCAAACGGAAAGGAGAAGGCUAUUCAUUCCCAAAUGAGGGAGCCAGAGUAGAAGUCCACCUGGAAGGCCGCUGUGGCGAGCGGAUGUUUGACCGCAGAGAUGUGGUUUUCAUCGUGGGCGAAGGCGAAGACCACGACAUUCCAAUCGGAAUCGACAAAGCCCUGGAGAAAAUGCAGCGGGGAGAAGAGUGUAUUUUAUAUAUUGGACCACGAUAUGGUUUUGGAGAGACAGGGAAGCCUAGAUUUGGCAUUGAACCUAAUGCUGCACUUGUGUAUGAAGUUACACUGCAGAGCUUCGAGAAGGCCAAAGAGUCCUGGGAGAUGGAUACCAAAGAAAAACUGGAGCAGGCUGCCAUCGUCAAGGAGAAGGGAACUGUGUACUUCAAGGGAGGCAAGUACCUGCAGGCGGUGAUCCAGUAUGGGAAGAUAGUGUCCUGGCUGGAGAUGGAAUACGGUCUGUCAGAAAAGGAGUCCAAAGCUUCAGACUCGUUUCUGCUUGCUGCCUUCCUGAACCUGGCCAUGUGCUACCUGAAGCUGCGAGAAUACACCAAAGCCGUGGAGUGCUGCAAUAAGGCCCUUGGGCUGGACAGUGCCAACGAGAAGGGCUUGUACCGGAGGGGCGAGGCCCAGCUGCUCAUGAACGAGUUCGAGUCGGCCAGGGGCAGCUUUGAGAAGGUGCUGGAGGUCAACCCCCAGAAUAAGGCCGCCAGGCUGCAGAUCUCCAUGUGCCAGAAGAAGGCGAAGGAGCACAACGAGCGGGACCGCAGAACCUACGCCAACAUGUUCGCCAAGUUUGCAGAGCGGGAUGCCAAGGAAGAGGCCAGUAAAGCAGUGAGCAAGAAGGCUUUAGAAGCGGUCACCAAUGAGAAGGCAACGGGAAGUCAAGCAGCGGAAGAGGAGAAAGCUAAAAGCCACGUAUGACACCAGCAAAGGAGGGAGGAGUCCCAUGAACUCGGCCCCUCCUCCACGGGCUCUCCCCAACUCAGGACUAAACAGUGUUCAAUGUAAAGUUCGUCAUAGUCUAUGUGAUUCUGGAAGCAAAUGGCAAAACCAGUAGCUUCCCCCAAACCACACCCUGCUGCUGUCCAGCUCUCGUCGAGGUGGCGUGGGACCACUCCAGGGAACAAACAGUGACUGUUGGCGUGAGGAGACAGCCGACAGCGGAAGUCCAGCUCAUUUCAGCUUAUGUCACCUCCCACUGCCCAAUUCAGGUCCCUUGAGAUAAUCUUAACAAUCUGGGUCUGUCUGUUAGGUUUUACAUUUGGUAGUAUUUUAAUAGCACUUCAGAAAUCUAAACGGAAAUGCUUAAUCAGUUUCUCCUUUCUUCCAGUGGGAUAGGGAAGGAAGAUGGGGUUUGGUUUUUUAAAUAAGUGAAGCCCUACGAAGGCAACUAUUGUAUUUUUAACCAGCAGAACCCGUAGCAGAGGGGUCUGGUGUCCCCUCAGGCCCACAGCUGCGGCACCGACGUAACAGCCAGAACCUCGGAGGCCGCUUGCUGACUUAGCGCAGCUCCCCCCUCAGCGAGCCAGCAUGUCCCAGAACCCUCUUCAGCAGUGGCCGUGAGCGGAGGGUUUCUUCAUGAGCUUCCUCUGCUUUGAAUGAAGUUCUGAGAGACUGAAAUGUGAAAAGAACAAUCAGAAUUGUGCUUCUUUCCUUCCUCUGUUCCUUUUAGGAAGUAAUGUUGAGCACAGUCCUGCCUGCUGGCAUCGCUACUGCCCGUGCCUGACUUCCACGCUGACCCUGCUGUGGAGAACGUGGGCUCGGACCUCGCGUGGGUUUAUUGGCAUAUCCGUUUAGGAUCCAUGCAGCAUUUUUUGUUUUCUUUUUCAAAUUACUGGCUCAGAAACAUUUGUAUACUGGUUUAUGGAACUUAUUUACACUCCUCUCUCAUGUAAAAAACAAAAAAACCUUGACUUUCUACUAUUAAGUAGCUGAAUUUUUUUAAA